AUGUCUGACGGCCCCGAGGAAAUCGUGGCAGCUGAGCGGGUAGUUGUCGACGAGGAUAAAACCACUUCGAUUCUCUGUCACGCGGACGGGAACCCCACACCCAACGUCACCUGGACAAGAGACAACAACAACAACAAAAACAAUAAUAUUUAUAUCAACAGCUCGGGUGCCGUUCUCGCCUCAGGAAUAGGAGAAGCAAAGCUGCUGGUGGAACAUGCCUCCAAAGCCGACACGGGACUCUAUCUCUGCCACGCAUCGAACUCCGUAGCCUCCGCCGCGCCGGUCUACACUGCUCUGGUCGUCACGCCAUCUACUAUCAUCAAACUCACGAAAAUAUACUACAGAGCACGCGCACAGGAACGACCGCACAGCACACUACGAAGCAAGGGAAAAGGCGAAGAUCACGAACAGCGCGGAGAAUAA